CGCGGGGCCUGGCGGGCGGCGGCGCAGGCGCGGUGCGGGCGAGCCGGGUUCCGCCAUGCCGACUGUCAGCGUGAAACGGGACCUGCUCUUCCAGGCGUUGGGCAGGACAUACACUGAUGAAGAAUUUAAUGAGCUUUGCUUUGAGUUUGGUUUGGAGCUUGAUGAAGUUACAUCUGAGAAAGACAUCAUAAGUAAAGAAAAAGGGGAAGAAAAGGCAAAGGGUGCAUCUGAUACUGUACUGUAUAAAAUUGAUGUUCCUGCCAACCGUUAUGAUCUUCUUUGCCUUGAAGGGUUGGUCCGAGGACUACAGGUCUUUAAAGAAAGGAUAAAUCUCCCUAGGUAUGAAAAGAUAAUACCAGCUCAGGGUGAAGGUCAGAGGCUGAUUAUCACUGAAGAGACUGUCCAAGUCCGUCCUCAUGCUGUAGCUGCAGUCCUUCGUAAUAUAACUUUUACCAAGGAACGUUAUGAUAGUUUCAUUGACCUCCAGGAAAAACUACACCAAAAUAUUUGCAGGAGAAGAGCGUUAGUAGCUAUAGGCACGCAUGACUUGGACACCAUCUCUGGUCCAUUUACUUUUACAGCUAAAGCACCUUCUGAAAUUAAAUUCAAGCCCUUGAAUCAAUCCCAGGAGUACACAGCUUCACAAAUUAUGGAUCUCUAUAGGACUGACAGCCACCUUCGGCACUAUUUACACCUAAUCGAAAACAAGCCACUUUAUCCUGUCAUUUAUGACAGCAAGGGUGUUGUUCUGUCCAUGCCACCAAUCAUCAAUGGAGAUCAUACAAAAAUAAGUGUAAACACCAGAAAUGUGUUUGUUGAAUGUACAGGCACAGAUAUUACAAAGGCAAAAAUUGUUCUUGAUAUUAUAGUCACGAUGUUUAGUGAAUAUUGCGAGAAGCCAUUCAGUGUUGAAGCAGCAGAAGUCGUUUAUCCUAAUGGGAAGACCCACAUCUAUCCGGAACUGGCUUACCGAAAAGAGAAGGUGAAACCUGAACUCAUUAACAAGAAAAUAGGAAUCAGUGAAACUCCAUCAAGCCUUGCAAAGCUGCUGACUAGGAUGUGUUUGAAGUCACACGUCAUAGGGAAUGGGAACAAUAUAGAGAUUGAAAUCCCUCCUACCAGAGCGGACAUUAUCCAUGCAUGUGAUAUCGUAGAAGAUGCAGCAAUAGCUUAUGGUUAUAACAACAUUCAGAUGACUAUUCCGAAAACGUACACCAUAGCUAAUCAACUCCCCCUCAAUAAGCUCACAGAACUUCUGAGACUGGACGUGGCAGCUGCUGGAUUCACCGAAGCACUCACUUUUGCCCUGUGUUCUCAAGAAGACAUUGCAGAUAAACUUGGCAUGGAUAUAUCUGCAACAAAAGCAGUGCGCAUAGCAAACCCCAAAACUGCAGAAUUUCAGGUGGCACGUACAACCCUCCUUCCUGGGCUGCUGAAAACCAUCGCGGCUAACCGAAAGAUGCCCUUGCCUCUCAAACUCUUUGAGAUUUCUGAUGUUGUAGUAAAAGAUCCUAAUACAGAUGUAGGUGCAAGAAACUACAGGCAUUUCUGUGCAGUUUAUUACAACAAGAGCCCUGGGUUUGAGAUUAUCCAUGGUUUGCUGGACAGGGUCAUGCAGCUUCUGGAAGUACCACCAAAUGAAGAGAAUGGAUACACAAUCAAGGCAACUGAAGGCUCUGCUUUCUUUCCUGGUCGCUGUGCUGAGAUCUUUGCCAAAGGUCAAAGUGUUGGGAAACUUGGAGUCCUACACCCCGAUGUUAUCACCAAGUUUGAGCUCACCAUGCCAUGCUCUGCCCUAGAGAUCAAUAUUGAACCCUUCAUGUGAAGACAGGCCUGUUAUCCUCCUACAGCCAUCCACUGUCACAUGCAGCACCCUCUGCUCUUCUGUCUUUCUCUGUGAUGGGCAUCUGGUUACACUUUUAUAUUCCAAUAAACUAGAAAAACAGA